AACGGGGCUUACUCGCUGAUGCAAGACCAGCUGGGCUACAGCCAGCACCCGGGCAUGAGCAGCCCGCAGCUGCAGCAGAUGCACCGCUACGACAUGACGGGCCUGCAGUACAGCCCCAUGAUGUCCACGGCCCAGACCUACAUGAACGCCGCCUCCACCUACAGCAUGUCCCCCGCCGCCUACGGCCAGCAGCCCUCCACGGCCAUGAGCCUGGGCUCCAUGGGCUCGGUGGUGAAAUCCGAGCCCAGCUCGCCGCCUCCUGCCAUCACUUCCCACUCGCAGAGGGCCUGCCUGGGCGACCUGCGGGAUAUGAUCAGCAUGUACCUGCCCCCGGGGGGGGACACCACAGACCCUUCCGCCCUGCAGAGCAGCAGGUUACACAGCGUCCACCAGCACUACCAGAGUGCCGGGACUGGCGUGAACGGUACCGUACCACUGACUCACAUAUAGACUUGGCUGCUCCGGACGCCUCCCCGUCUUAAUCCCUAACCCCACCAGCGCUCCCCGACUACACCGGGACGUACGGCAGUGUUGCUCGGCUUAGCAGACUCAAUACUAACUCUGGAGAAAAUGUAAAAAGGAAAUCCGUUAGUUGUGUCCUUUUUAUUUUGUACACCCCCACACAAAAAAAGAGCAAGCUAUUAUUUUAAUAGAUCACAACUUCUGCCUCUUAAAAGUUGCUGUCAAGUUUUUAAACCACGGCAACUUUUUUCCUGGUUUCUGCUAGGUUGGGCACUGUUUUAUUAGCUUAAAAGUUUUUAAAAGAUCUUGCAUCUUCCAGUUUGAUUUCUAGCGUUGCAAUGACAUUAAAAAAGAGAGAAAGAAACCGGCGGGCUUUCGUUUUUAAACUCAGUUGUUCACAUUAACGUUGUGGUUUCUUAAGUGU